AUGGAAAAGAAUUCAAGUUUAUGGAACAGCCUGGUGGUCGAACACCCACUCUGCACAACCUGGAAGCAAGAGGCCGAAGGGGCCAUUUACCACCUCGCCAGUAUCUUAUUUGUAGUAGGUUUCAUGGGUGGCAGUGGAUUCUUCGGGCUCCUUUAUGUCUUCAGCUUGCUGGGCCUGGGUUUCCUCUGUACUGCGGUCUGGGCAUGGGUAGACGUCUGUGCUGCUGACAUAUUUUCCUGGAAUUUUGUGCUGUUCGUGAUCUGCUUCAUGCAGUUUGUUCACAUUGCCUAUCAAGUUCACAGCAUAACCUUUGCCCGAGAAUUCCAGGUGCUGUACAGCUCCCUGUUCAAGCCCCUCGGGAUCCCUUUGCCCGUCUUCAGAAUCAUUGCUCUGAGCUCUGAGGUGGUCACUUUGGAAAAGGAGCACUGUUACUCCAUGCAGGGGAAAACCUCCAUUGAUAGACUCUCCAUGCUCGUCUCGGGAAGGAUCAGAGUGACAGUUGAUGGCGAAUUUCUGCAUUAUAUUUCCCCCUUUCAGUUCCUGGAUUCUCCUGAGUGGGAUUCGCUAAGACCCACAGAGGAAGGCAUUUUUCAGGUAACCCUCACAGCAGAAACUGAUUGUCGAUAUGUGUCUUGGAGGAGAAAAAAGUUAUACCUUCUGUUUGCUCAGCAUCGCUACAUCUCCCGCCUGUUUUCGGUUUUAAUUGGCAGUGACAUUGCAGACAAGCUCUACGCCUUGAACGACAGGAUCUAUAUAGGGAAAAAACAUCACUAUGAUAUUCGGUUACCCAACUACUAUCAGAUGUCAAGUCCGGACUUGUCCAAAUCACCCCUAACAGAACAGUUUCAGAAUUCCAGACAGCACUGUAACAAAUGACUUCAAAACCUGAAGUUGGAUGAUUACUGGAAAAAAAAAAAAAAAAAAAGACUUCAUCAUUCCCUGGACAA